UCCUGUGACGUCAUUUUCAGGGACUGGCUCGUCGGGUCGCCGUGAAGCCUCGGUUUGUUUUUGUUAUUGUUUAUAAUUUUAAAGUCGCUAUCUUUACUUGCUCGAGAGACCAAAUAACACAUUUGGACUAGAACGCUAAAUAAGACUAUACAAGUAAAGUACAGACUGCAAAGAUGAAAUGGAUGUUUAAAGAAGACCAUUCCCUAGAGCACAGAUGUGUAGAGUCUGCAAAGAUCAGAGCCAAAUACCCCGACAGAGUGCCGGUUAUUGUGGAAAAAGUGUCUGGGUCACAGAUUGUCGAUAUCGACAAACGAAAGUACCUUGUACCAUCUGAUAUUACUGUGGCGCAGUUUAUGUGGAUUAUAAGAAAACGUAUCCAGCUGCCUUCAGAAAAAGCAAUAUUUCUAUUUGUAGACAAAACUGUCCCUCAGUCCAGUUUGACAAUGGGACAACUAUAUGAAAAAGAAAAAGAUGAAGACGGCUUCUUGUAUGUGGCCUACAGUGGAGAGAACACGUUUGGCUUUUGAAGCGCUGUGCUUGCAGAUUGAUCGUAUCUAGUCACUUUCAUCACUCACUGUCUCUGACGAGUUUGAUUGUACUGUAGAGGUAUACUGGUGUGUCAGUAAUCGGAGCUCUGUAUUAAUCAUAUUAUGAAUGCAUUUGUAACUUUUGUCCUAUCUCAUGAUGUAUUUAUGCUAUCUACAUUAUUAGUUUAUUAAGUUAUAUUGGGGAGGAGUGGUUUGUUUGUUUGUUAUAGCUAUGUAGUUUUAAUUUGCUGUAAUUUAUCUAAAUGCUUGCUUUUUCUUUUUCUGAGGGGGUCAAUUGUUUCAUAAGUAUUUAAAAUGAAUUAUUUAAAUAUUAAAUGGAAAGGUAGCUGGAUGACCUGACCAAUAAAGUAUAUAUACAAGAAUGUA